UGAAUCAUUCCCUCUCCAUUGUCCUCGCCCGUAUCAGCGUCACGCCCCCCUUGCAUCGAUGCCCAUUCGCGACGGCCUUUCUUCCGACUUCAUUUCUGUACCUAUCGACUUCGUCUUGUCUUCAAUCUCGGCGCCAUCCGAGUCCGUGAAUUCCACCGCAAUUUUUAAUUUGAAAGUCCAUACCUGUCACCCGACCACAUCGAACUCGACGAGCGGAAACUGCCAAUUGCUGCGCCAAUCAGGCUCCCGGCUGCGGCCGGCUUCAUCACACGCCUCCACAGAGCAAAGGGGACUGAACGCUCGCCGUUCGAUCGAGCGCCGCCCACACCAUGGCACAGGACGAAAAUGUGCAGAGUAACGUGUCAGAAUCGACCAAGCGGUUAAGAUGGGCCACAAAACGGACGGGUGGAAAGGCGGGCGAUCGAAAACGGAAGUCCAUUAUGGAUCGACUCCAUCGGCGAACAGCUUCGAACGAUACGAAAUCGAACUUCAAACGAGAUAGCAAUACUACUGACGGCCCUGAUGACUUAAUGAAACCCGAAGAACCCGAACCGGAGGAAGAAGGCCCCGGGCGACGCAUCUUCUUCAACCUCCCUCUUCCGCCAGAGGCUCGCGAUGAGGACGGUCAUCCCACCCAGCAUUAUGCAAGAAAUAAAAUACGCACUUCGAAAUACACCCCGAUCAGCUUUAUACCCAAGAACCUGUGGUUCCAAUUCCACAACAUCGCAAAUAUCUAUUUCCUCUUCAGCAUCAUUCUCGGGGCUUUCCCGAUAUUCGGCGUCGUCGACCCUGCCUUGAACGCCGUCCCUUUGAUCGUCAUUUUGACUCUUACCGCACUCAAAGAUGCGAUUGAAGAUUGGGGCCGAACCGUCUUGGAUAACCAAUUGAACAAUGCGCCGGUGUAUAAACUUGCCGGCUUCAGCAAUGUCAAUACUGCUGAAGACCAGAUAUCACUGUGGCGUCGAUUCAAGAAAGCAAAUACAAGAGCCGUUUUGCUGGUGUGGCGGCUGUGGACGAACCGCGACCAGAAAAAGAUAGGACGCGGGAAAACUGCUGACAAUGAGCCAAGGCCAUCUAUUGGCGAUCGCAGACAGUCCGUAAUGACGCAACGCACGUCAUUUCUCUCGACAAGGAGCGGACAUGAUGACAUUCAGAUGACCCCCGUUCAGACACCCCCUCUGGGUGCCGUUUCCUCCGCUGCAACCGACGAAAAGCACGGGGCUGGCUUCCUUGACGUCGCUAGUCAAGAUCCCGACGGUGUGAAGCCGCCCGGCAUUUAUAAGAAGGUCCACGGAAGUGUGAUCAAUCCGUUCAAAGAGGCUCCGGAAAAUGCCCGGUUCAAGCAGGACGCAUGGAAAAACGUCCAAGUGGGCGAUUAUGUCCGACUCUUUAGCAACCAGGAAAUCCCGGCAGACGUCGUCAUCCUAUCGACGUCGGAGAAAGAUGGCGCAUGCUACGUCGAAACGAAGAACUUGGACGGAGAGACCAAUUUGAAAGUCCGCCAGUCGUUGCACUGCGGCCGCCAGAUCAAGCAUGCUCGGGAUUGUGAGAAGGCCGAGUUCGUGAUCGAAAGCGAACCUCCCCAUGCGAACUUGUACGUCUACAACGCCGUGGCUCGAUGGAACCAGCGCGAUCCAAAGAAUGAGCAAGCGCCGGGCGUCGAGAUGGCGGAGCCCAUCACCGCCAACAACCUCCUCCUUCGAGGCUGUAUCCUGCGGAACACCGAAUGGGCCCUCGGCGUAGUUAUCUUCACCGGCCAGGAAACCAAAAUCAUGCUGAACUCCGGAAUCACCCCGAGCAAGCGAGCGAAGUUGUCCAAAGACCUGAAUUGGUACGUCCUGUACAACUUCGUGAUCCUGUUCUGCAUGUGCCUCAUAGCAGGCAUCUACUCGAGCGUCUCGUGGGCCCAGGGCAGGACGUCGGCCAACCACUUCGAAUAUGGGAACUACGGUGGCACCGCGACCCUGAAUGGUCUCAUCACAUUCUGUGCUGGUAUUAUCCUGUUCCAAAAUUUGGUCCCCAUCUCGCUCUACAUCACGCUGGAAAUCGUUCGGACCCUUCAGGCCUUCUUCAUCUAUUCGGACGUACUCAUGUACUACGAGCCCAUCGACUACCCAUGCACGCCCAAAACGUGGAAUAUAUCCGACGAUGUUGGCCAAAUCGAGUACAUCUUUUCCGACAAGACCGGCACCCUGACCCAGAACGUUAUGGAGUUCAAGAAGUGCACCAUCAACGGAGAAGCGUAUGGAGAAGCGUAUACGGAGGCCAUGGCUGGCAUGCAGCGAAGACAGAGGAUGAAUGUCGAAGAAGAAUCCGCGAAAGCGUUGAAACAGAUUGCCGAAGACCGUGUGCGGAUGUUGGAAGACAUCCGCAGUAUGCAUCCCAAUCCCUAUUUGCAGGACUCCGACCUUACUUUCGUUGCGCCCGAUUUCAUCGAAGAUCUACGAGGAGACCGUGGCGAAGCGCAGGAGGCUGCGAACAAGAAAUUCAUGAUUGCUUUAGCCCUGUGCCACACCGUGAUGGUCGAUCGGAUGCCGGGAGACCCUCCAACCAUCGACUUCAAGGCCCAGUCUCCAGACGAGGCGGCUCUGGUCGCAACGGCAAAAGAUGUUGGCUUCACCAUGCUAGCGCGAACGGACGAUGGCGUGAUUCUCAACGUCCUUGGGGAGGAACAGAAGUACACGGUGAUGAAUGUUCUGGAGUUCAAUUCCACCCGGAAACGGAUGAGCGCCAUCAUCCGCAUGCCCGACGAUAGGAUCGUUCUUUUCUGCAAAGGAGCAGAUAGUAUGAUAUAUUCUCGCCUGCAACGAGGCGAGCAGGCCGAGCUUCGAAAGACCACGGCGGAGCAUUUGGAGAUGUUCGCGCGCGAAGGAUUGCGAACGCUAUGUAUCGCCCAACGAGAAUUGUCGGAAAGCGAGUACGGCGAAUGGAAUCGAGAUUAUGAGCUCGCUGCGGCGUCGAUCGCGGACCGAGAAGACAAGCUCGAGGGGGUCUCGGACCGCAUUGAGCGCGACCUGACUCUAAUUGGAGGGACCGCCAUCGAGGAUCGACUGCAAGAAGGCGUCCCGGACGCAAUCGCCCUCCUCGCCAAGGCGGGGAUCAAGCUCUGGGUUCUAACGGGUGAUAAGGUCGAGACUGCGAUCAAUAUCGGAUUCUCGUGCAACCUGCUGGACAAUGACAUGGAUCUCAUUGUCUUCCGAGUUGAUGAUGAGGAUAUGGACAAGGCCCGCGAGCUACUCGACCAGAACCUCAGCACGUUUGGCCUCACUGGAUCGGACGAAGACCUCAAAGCUGCACAGGACGAUCACGAACCCCCUCCUCCGACCCAUGCCAUCGUGAUCGACGGCGAUUCGCUGAAGCUGGUCUUGGAUGAGAGCUUGCGCCAGAAGUUCCUUCUUCUGUGCAAGCAAUGUCGGGCGGUCCUUUGCUGUCGUGUCAGCCCGGCUCAGAAGGCAGAGGUUGUGGGCAUGGUAAAGCAUGGUUUGGACUGCCUGACCCUCUCCAUUGGAGACGGUGCCAACGACGUUGCGAUGAUUCAAGAAGCCCACGUCGGUGUCGGUAUUACCGGAUUGGAAGGACGGCAGGCGGCCAUGUCGUCUGACUAUGCCAUCGGCCAGUUCCGUUUCCUGACACGCCUGGUUUUGGUCCAUGGACGGUGGUCGUACCGCCGAACUGCGGAGACAAUCCUCAAUUUCUUCUACAAGAACAUGAUUUGGACGUUCACUUUGUUCUGGUACCAGAUAUGGGCCGCUUUCGACACCCCCAACGUCUUCGACUAUACCUACAUCAUCCUCUUCAAUCUGGCCUUCACGUCCCUGCCGGUCAUCUUCCUCGGCGUCCUGGACCAAGAUGUGAAUGACAAGGUUUCACUGGCCGUGCCUCAGCUCUAUCGGCGUGGCAUUUUGCGGAAGGAAUGGACAUGGUGGAAGUUUUGGAGCUACAUGUUCGAUGGCAUCAUACAGUCCGUCCUUAUAUACUUCUCAGCGUACCUCACCUUCGCCAACACGCCGUUCGUGACGGACAAUGGGUUGGACCUUGCCGACACGAAACGUCUUGGUGUCUUCAUUGCCACUGUCGCGGUUCUCGUCGCCAAUCUCUAUGUCGCUCUCAACACUUACCGAUGGGACUGGCUCUUCAUCCUCAUUGUGGUCAUUAGUACCGUUCUCAUCUUCUUCUGGACGGGGGUCUUCACGUCGGGCACGUUCUCCGGAUUUUUCUACAUGGGUGCCGCCCAAGUCUACGGUGCCCUGUCAUUUUGGGCGCAGACCUUAUUGGCGGGAGUCAUGUGCCUUAUCCCUCGAUUCACCGUGAAAUAUAUCCAGAAGAUCUAUUUCCCACGGGACGUGGACAUCGUCAGGGAGAAGAUUCGUCUCGGAGAAUUCGAGUAUCUCAAAGAAGAUGAUUCCUUGAUCCCCGCGGAAGCUGCGGAUAAAAUCCCUUCACUCUCAUCCUCCGAGGGAGAAGGCAAGGCUGCGAAGCAGCCGAAACCGUCCAUGCCGGAAGAAGAACGACCCAUCUAUCCUCCGUCGGUUGCCCCCACCGCCACAACUACCAAUAACCCACACAGCCAAAGUGGUAGCGAUGGCACUGACUUCACCGGCCACUCACAUUCACGACAUCCUUCGUCGUUCGAGCGUAUCCCCGCUCUGCCGGGGCAUAUAACCAGCGGGGCACGACUAUCGCCGCGGUCGUCGAUCGAACCCCAACGGCGGUCCUUCGACCGGGCGCGACAAUCAAUGGAUCGAGUACGGCCCAGCUUCGAGGCGAGCCGCGAUUUCACAUCCGCGGCCUUGUUGGCUCGCAUGGAGUCGAGUCAGUCCGCAGAAGAGUCGGCUGUGACGCCGACCACGAGCCACCGAAUGCGCGAUAUCUCUGAGACGAUGAAAUAAAGCUGACGAAUGCGCGCCAUCGGUAAUUAGGAGACGGGUGGUCCGUGA